AUGGCGGAAGGAGACCCCUCGUAUAUAGACUACGAGGCCUUCUUGGACCCGGAGUUCUCCCCGUCUUCGUUCGCCAAUACACUGGUGAACAGCACAAACAAUGCAACAGACUCUCCACUGGAUCUAUCGACACCAUUAUCCCGGGUACUAUUUGAUCUCCAGGAGAUCGACACACACAUUCAUGCAUUGACAACAAAAUCAGCCCUGCCAUUGCUUGCACACACACAAGACAGGACUGCAGCAGCUGAUCACAUCCUCAAGGAAUCAGGGACGCAAAUUGAAUCAGUGACCCGAGGAUACGAGCGUCUUCAAAAGAAGUGGUCCAAAAAUGGCAAGCGGCCGACGAAGCUCGCAUUGCCGCUGAAAACUCAUUGGCAACAACAGCUGGAGAGUCAAGUCGCUGAAAUUACAGGCCGAGGCUCAAUAGGACCGGCUAUUUCAGCAGGCGCGGACCCGGCGGCAUCACCGUCAGGAAAAGAUGGGUUCCGUGCGUUGGAAAGAGCAGCUUACACGAUCCUCAAUCUGCGCGAAAUGUUCUCAGCUGCAGCGGAAGGCGAAGAGGGCUACGGCUUGGACCGGGUGAAGGUCAUUCGCACUCUUCGAGGAGAGUUUGUCAUGCCCGCAGAGAACAUGGUCAAAUCCAGAGCACAGCAGACCAUCAACCGGUUCUCUUUGUCCUCAAACUCAGCAAGCGGCAACAGCCAAUCCAUGCCAUCCGGUUACAAACAAGCCCGAGAUGCGCGUGUACGCCUAGCAACCGCUGCGACCACUUUAUAUCUCCUUUCACCCAUUCCCAAAGGGGCCACCACUGCAUCUGACUACAAGCCCGAACUCUUGUUGUCAACACUACAAGGGUACAUGCACACCGCAAUCAUGACAUCCGUGAACUCACUCGCCCGAGCUCUCUCCCAACUGCCAAUCAUGGAUCGAACUCUAGCCGAUAUUUCCGCAAGAUGCCAGGACAUCGUCGCUCUCGAGACUAUUCUCAAAAAUCUCCGCCCACCACCUCACCCCCUCUUGAAUUCGACGACCACAGCCGACGAGGCCGCCGGAUCCCAAACCGCACCAUCAGCCACGUCUAAUCUCUUACAGCCUCUCCUGCAGGCCCUGGAUACUUCAUCACUACCUUCCUACUACUGGCGCUCCCUCGCCUCAUCCCUCACCUCGCGUGUCCAGGAAAUCGUCAACCGUGGCGGUGUGUCUGCACGAACACUACGGUCCAACCGCGAUCGACUGAGAGUCGAGAUCAAGGAGUGCGUGCUUCGCGCAUCACGUGUUUCAGCAACAAGCCUGUUGGCCGAGAAGGGCCGAUCAGGAACCGAGACUGUUGUCGUGGGUAACUGGGAGCGGGAAGCUGCCGUCAUGGUGAGCUCGGUUGUAGGUCCACUGGGACGGUAG